AGAAGAGAAUAUGAAGACCCCAUGUUUUGUCUCAGAAAGGGUUCAGCCUUUUGCAAAGUUGGAAUAAAAGUUGGAGAAGUGUUACAAUUCACAAGGUGACAAAAAGGGUAUGUCAUAAAUAAAGUCACCCUACCCUACAGUACUACACACAUGCUCAACAAAAUUUCCUUUAGUCAACUCAACUAUAUAUCGUCACAGUUCUUAUCUUCAAUCUCUCUUUAUCAACUAUGUUGCAACCCUUCACCUUUCUUCUUAGGAAGGCCAAAUCCAUGUUCAAGCAACCAAGAAUCAUGAUGAGUGCAUGCUGUAAAGAAAAGCUACCCAAGAGAAAAUUUUCUUGCAUGUCAACAGCCUCUUCUUUCCUUCACAUGGAGCUUUCCUCUCAGUUUCAUCAAGUUUUCAAGCUGAUUGACUCUAAUGGGGAUGGGAAGAUCUCAACCGCUGAGCUGAGUGAAGUGCUUGCAUGCCUUGGAUACAACAAGUGCAGUGCUGCAAAGGAAGCUGAAGGCAUGGUGAGAGUGUUGGACUUCAAUGGAGAUGGGUUUGUGGACUUGGAUGAGUUCAUGGUUGUUGUCAUGAAUGGCAUGGAGAAAGAAAAGGAAGAAGAAGAAGAAGAAGAAGAAGAAGAAGAAGAAAAGAUUAAUGGUUAUCUGAUGGAUGCUUUUCUUGUCUUUGAUACUGACAAGAAUGGUCUCAUCUCAGCGAAGGAACUGCACAGAGUUCUCUUCAAUCUAGGCUGUGAAAACUGCAGUCUCAGAGACUGCAAACGUAUGAUCAAAGGUGUUGAUAAGAAUGGAGAUGGCUUUGUAGAUUUCGAAGAAUUUCGAUGCAUGAUGCGAAGUUAGAGUUUCAAGUGUUUUUCUGUUUCUGUUUGUUCUCUAUUUCACUAUUGUUUCAUCUUUUCUUUUUCUCAGUUCACAAACAUGUCUCAACUAAUGUAAUUAGCAUCAUGUUUUUUUUUUC